GCCGCAGCGGGGCCGGGCCAUGCGGGAGCUGCGCUCGUCCUCCUUUUGGAGGGCCAUCCUGGCUGAGUUCCUGGGCAGCCUCCUCUACACCCUGCUGGGGUUGGGGGCUUCGCUGCGUUGGACCCCGGGAUCCCAUGGGGUCUUGGGGUCCGCCUUGGCCUUCGGGCUGGCCCAAGCCACCCUGGUGCAGGCGCUGGGGCACGUCAGCGGUGGCCACAUCAACCCGGCCAUCACGCUGGCUUUCCUGCUGGCAUCGCAGCUCUCCCUGCCCCGUGCUUUGGGUUACAUGAUGGCUCAGCUCCUGGGUGCCCUGGCGGGGGCUGGAGUCCUCUAUGGGGUGACACCGGCUGCCGUGCGCGGCACGUUGGGCCUCAGUGCGCUGCACCCCAGUGUGGGUCCAGGUCAGGGCACGGUGGUGGAGCUGCUGCUGACGGCUCAGUUCAUCCUCUGCGUCUUCGCCAGCUUCGAUGAGCGCCAUGAUGGACGCCCCGGCUCCGCUGCGCUGCCCGUCGGCUUCUCCCUCGCCCUCGGACACCUCUUUGGGAUCCCAUACACUGGUGCUGGUAUGAACCCUGCACGCUCCUUUGCCCCCGCUGUCAUCACCCGCAACUUCACCAACCACUGGGUAAGUGGGGGGGACCCUGCGGUCCAGCUCAGUCCAUUCCAACCCAUCAUCCGACCUGUCCCAGUCCAUCCCAAUCAGCCUCAACCCACUGCAAUCCCACCCAGUCCAUCCCAGUAUAACCCAGUCCAUCCUAUUCCUACCCCAGUCCAUCCCAAUCAGUCCACUGCAGCCCUAUCCCAGUCCAUCCCAGUCCCAUCCCAGUUCUAUCCCAGUACAUCCCAGUCCAUCCCAUUCCUGCCCCAGUCCAUCCCAAUCAGCCUCAAUCCACUGCAGUCCCACCCAGUGCAUCCCAGUGCUAUCCCAGUAUAACCCAGUUUAUCCUACUCCUGACCCAGUCCAUCCCAAUCAGUCCACUGCAGUCCUGUCCCAGUGCAUCCCAGUCCCAUCCCAGUUCUAUCCCAGUAUAACCCAGUCUAUCCCAUUCCUGCCCCAGUCCAUCCCAAUCAGCCUCAACCCACCGCAAUCCCACCCAGUCCAUCCCAGUCCAUCCCAGUCCAUCCCAGUCCAUCCCAUUCCUGCCCCAGUCCAUCCCAAUCAGACCACUGCAGCCCUAUCCCAGUGCAUCCCGGUCCCAUCCCACUCCAUCUCAUCCCAACCCAAUCCAUCCCACUUCUGUCCCAUUGCCCCCUAUG